UGCUGUUGUGAAACGGGUGCAGGACCCCAGCCAAUGAGCUUCGGAUCCGGCGUCUCCUCCCAUAACGUCCCUCUCUCGGCAGUAUGGCCGCCGUCCUGUAGCCGUCGGUGCUGUGUGCCUUUCCAAGAUUAAAGCUUUAGCUUCGGUUUAAAACAUGUCGGCCGUCCUCUUCCUGAAGAAGUCUCUGAGCAGGCUGCCGCCCUGCGUCGCUCGGCAGGUCGUCGGCUGCGGUUAUCACACCGAGAGAGGUGUGUACGGGUACCGACCCAAACAGCCGGACAGCCAGCACAAGUUACAGAGCGACCGCAUCGCGGCUCUAAAUCAAGAUCAUGGACUUGCUCGUCUGGUGGAGGCUUACAGAACACAUGGACACAAGGCUGCUAAAAUUAACCCAUUACUGCCCCAGAAGCCUGUGGCUGACAGUGUCCCGGAGAUAGACAUGCUGAGCGGCACCAUCACAGGACAGCUCAAAACCCCAGGUCUACGACACUUUGGUAAAGCAGAGGCCUCGGUGGAAGAGGUUCGGGCCUACCUGGAAGAAGCCUACUGUGGCCACCUGUCUGUGGAGACCGGCCAUUUGAGCAGCCUGGAGGAGAGGGAGUGGUUCGCCGACCGCUUUGAGGAACUCAAGAAGAAGAGUUUCUCCACGGAGGAGAGGAGGCAGCUGGCCAAGAUCAUGCUCGAGUCUCAGGAAUUUGACCACUUUCUGGCCACCAAGUUUGCCACUGUGAAGCGUUAUGGAGGAGAGGGAGCAGAGAGCAUGAUGGGCUGCUUCCACGAGCUUUUCUGCCAGUUGGCCCACAGCGGGGUCACUGACGUUGUCAUUGGCAUGCCGCACAGAGGCCGACUCAACCUCCUGACAGGCCUGCUGAAGUUCCCACCCGAGCUUAUGUUCCGUAAGAUGCGCGGCCUCAGCGAGUUUCCCGACACCUCGCCAGCCAUCGGCGACGUCCUCUCUCACCUCACCUCCUCGGUGGAGUUGGAAUUCGGAGCUGGACACCCUAUUCACGUGACCAUGCUGCCCAACCCGUCUCACCUGGAAGCGAUUAACCCCGUCGCUCAGGGCAAAACCAGAGCCAGGCAGCAGCUCAGGAAGGAAGGAGACUAUUCACCUGAAGACAGCGCUCAGCCGGGGGACCAGGUCGUCUGUCUGCAGGUCCAUGGUGACGGCUCCUUCACUGGCCAGGGGAUUGUUCCAGAAACGUUGACCCUUUCAAACCUCCCUCACUACAGAGUCGGUGGGAGCAUCCACCUCAUUGUGAACAACCAAGUGGGCUACACCACUCCGUCAGAGAGAGGGAGAUCAUCUUUGUACUGCAGUGAUGUUGGUAAGAUGGUGAACUGUGCUGUGAUCCAUGUGAAUGGAGAUCAUGCGGAGGAGGUGCUGCGGGCCACUCGGCUGGCAGUCGAGUACCAGCGGAUCUUCAGGAAAGACGUCAUCCUGGACCUGAUCUGCUACCGUCAGUGGGGCCACAACGAGCUGGACGAGCCUUUCUUCACCAACCCAGCCAUGUACAAAAUCAUCCGAUCCCGCAAAAGCGUCCCUGACUACUACUCGGACGAGCUGAUCUCUGAGGGUCUGAUGACCGAAGCAGAGCGUGACGAGAUCAAGUCCAAAUACUACGGCAUGCUCAACGACAAGCUGGCCAACAUGACCCUGUACAGCCCUCCACCCACCAACCUGCAGGGCCGCUGGGGGGAUCUGGUGGAGCCUUCGGCCAAAGUCAGCACCUGGGACACGGGUGUCCCCGUUCCUCUGCUGCAGUUUGUCGGAGCAAAAUCUGUGGACAUCCCAGAGCAAAUCCAGCUGCACAGCCACCUUGGAAAGACCCACGUACAGGCUCGGUUAAGCAAGUUGGAAGAGGGGACCAAGCUGGACUGGUCCACAGCAGAGGCCUUGGCGUUCGGCUCUCUCCUCGCCCAAGGCUUCAAUAUUCGAAUCAGUGGACAGGAUGUGGGAAGAGGCACGUUCAGUCAGAGACACGCCAUGGUGGUGUGUCAAGAAACUAACGACAUGUACAUCCCUCUGAACCACAUCAGCCCUCAGCAGACAGGUUUCCUGGAGGUGUGUAACAGCCCGCUGUCUGAGGAGGCGGUUCUCGGAUUUGAAUAUGGCAUGAGUAUCGCACAGCCGAAGCUGCUUCCCAUCUGGGAGGCUCAGUUUGGGGAUUUCUUCAACGGAGCGCAGAUCAUCUUUGAUACCUUCCUCUCUGGAGGUGAAGCCAAGUGGCUGCUACAGAACGGGAUGGUGAUCCUGCUGCCUCACGGCUACGACGGAGCUGGACCUGAACACUCAUCCUGCCAUAUGGAGCGUUUCCUCCAGAUGUGCGACAGUAAAGAGGAAGGUGUGGACGGAGACAAUGUGAACAUGGCUGUGGUCAACCCCACCACUCCUGCUCAGUACUUCCACCUGCUGAGGAGACAGAUGAUCCGUAACUUCCGCAAACCUCUCAUUGUGGUCGGACCUAAGACUCUGCUGAGGUUUUCUGGUGCUGUUUCCAGUCUGGCUGAACUGGCACCAGGAACAUCUUUCAGACCAGUGUUGGGUGAUACUUCAGUCUCUGCACAAAGUGUCCAGAAGGUGGUGCUGUGCUCCGGGAAGCAUUACUAUGCCCUGCUGAAGCAGAGGGAGACGGCAGCAGCCAACCAGAGCACAGCACUGAUCCGUGUGGAGGAGCUGUGUCCAUUCCCACUGGAGGCUCUGCAGCAGGAGCUCAAGAAAUACCCCAAUGCUAAAGAGUUUAUCUGGAGUCAGGAGGAGCCUCAGAACAUGGGGCCCUGGACAUUUGUAGCUCCGAGGUUUGAGAAGCAGCUUGCCUGCAAGCUCCGGUUGGUGAGCCGACCUGCUCUGCCCGCCCCUGCUGUUGGUAUCGGGACCCUCCACCAGCAGCAACAAGAGGCCAUCCUCACCGCCACCUUCUCUUAAGCCUCAACAAGACUGGGAACCAAUAUAACCAGCUCACAGGCAUCGGUACUACACUACAUAUCGAAUCUGCAGUGGUCUUACCACCAUGUGCAGAGCUGCUGCACAGCAGAUUCACGGGACCUUUAAGACAAUGUGGAUUGUGUUGUUAAAGAAAAAAAAUGGGUCAAUAAUAUAAAGAAUAGAAGGAGGGAAGUGUUUAUUUGUACUCUAGUCAGAUUUUAAUUAUUUUGUUUAUGGUUUGACGACAAAGCCUGAAUUGUUUCCCCCUCUUUCUCAAUUACUUUGCCUGUAUUAUUAAUGUGUUUUCAGCACUACAGCAAGACAAAAAGAUCUGAAUCGAGGCCUUAGAGACCAUGUUUACAAUGUGUUUGUCGUAUAGAAGCACUUUUAGCUUUAUGACCGUCAUACUUGUCAUACUGUUUCUUACCUGUCAAACCUGUACGGGCUCCACGUUUCAGGAAUCUUAACUUCGGCCUGCAUGGGUUGUUUUCGUACGGCUCAGAAAACUAAUAUCAGUAUCACAUUGUCGGUUAUGUCUGAGCAUUAACCUUUUCAUAUUUAUGAAUUUUAAAGAACUGGAUCCUUUGACUGGACUACUGAACAAACAAAGAGAGUUGUCACCAUUUUCACGGUUAUAUGUUCAUCAAAGAUUGAGUUCGAUAUAAAUGGAUGAAUCAUGGUAUGAAUCAAGUGUUGGCUGUGAUCAUUAUUAUUUAAUUCUGGUUUGAACUAAGACUUGAACUAAAAAUAAAGGAACUGAAGGGCUAAUGUAAAUAAACCAAAUCAGAAUAUUCAAAUGGAAAUAUUUUCGAAUAAAUCUAUUUUCAUGUUUAUGCAUCA